AUGAAUUGUGAAGCGUGUCGUAAUCGAAUUACUGGCGAAGAUAUACUCCAAUGCAUACAGUGUAUGACACACUAUCAUUAUAGAUGCUUGAACAUAACUCAAUCUUAUUACAAGGCUAACCUGGGCGAACUGAGAAGGUCCUGGAUAUGUCCACUUUGCAACAACAUAACUAGGAGAAAGGGAAACAACUGCAAUACGCCUGUUCGAAAACAACUAGAAAACAUGGAUGAAUCUAACAUGUCCUGCGAAAACCUCACGAUUAGUGAAACCACUGUCGAAAAUAGUCGACCAAUCAUGGACACAGUUGAAAAUACACCCACAUCAUCCGGAUGUACUCCCGCUGCAAGUAUCACAUUGGACCAAUUCUCGAGACUUCUAGAUUUGAAGUUGGAUACUAAACUGCAAAGUUUUCAAGCAUCUUUAACCAGAACAAUAAGGACGGAAGUUAGUGAUCAAAUAGCCAAACUAAAAUCGGAGUUCACCGUAACGACAGAUUUUCUUGCGGAGGAGCAAAGGGAUGUAAAAGCUGAACUUAAGAAGUUGUCAGAGAAGGUCAGCAAGCUUGAAGAUGAAAAGAUGCAACUACAAUCCGAAUUAUCCAAAAUGAAUAAAACUCUGCAGGUCUUAGACAAGUCCUCAAGAAAAUGCAGCAUUGAAAUUCAGUCGGUACCCGAAAAACGGUCGGAAAAUUUAUUGUAA